UUCUUCUGUUCUUCAUUGCAUUUGAUGAUUUCUUGACUGUUGAAGUUGUCUUCUGAUCAAAAACAAGAUUAGGGUUUUUCUGAAUGAGGGUUAAUUUCUAACUUCAGUUUUACAGUAAAUGGGUAAUGUAAGUGGCAGAGAAGAAAAGAGUAGUAGGGAAUACUACAUGGAAUGUGGCCAGGCGCAAGUUAGCAGCAGCAGCUAUGGUGCGCAUAGGCUUCUUCCACCUCCACCUCCACCUCCACCUCCUCAGAUUGAAAGAGGUGGAUUCAAUGAGUCAACAAGAAAUUAUGGAUCUGCAAGUCCAGAAAAGAGCAUACCAGCAGUGAUCAGUUGGAUUCAUGGCGGCACACAGGUUGCCAUUGAAGGAUCAUGGGAUGAUUGGAAGAUAAGGGAACUAUUAGAGGGUUCGGGCAGCGGUUUCUCUAUCUUUAAGGUGCUAAAGGCCGGUGUUUACCAUUAUCGUUUUGUUGUUGACGGGCAGUGGAUUUAUGAUCCUGAUUUACCACACGAAUGCGAUCAUUUGGGGAACGUUUUCAAUGUUUUAGACUUGAAGGAUAAUUACCCCGAAAAUACGGAAAGAGAUCAAGAACCCGAAUGCCCGUCUUCCCCAAUAUCAAGCUACAACAAUCCAGCCAUCACGUUAGACGAUUUUGACAAGAAACUGCCUGAAAUGCCCCCACUGCUACAACAGAUGCCUCUAAAUCAGCCAUCUUCCUCCAAGAACCCCCAACGGGAUCUUCAAAAGCCUUUAUCGGCUAAUCUGAACCAUUUGUACAUUAAGAGAGACGGUGGCAGUCAACCCGUUGUCGCUCUGAGUUCAUCCCAACGAUUUCGCACCAAAUUCGUGACAAAUGUGCUUUACAAACCAUUUAAGAAAGUAAGAAAGUGAACAUUCUUUUGUUUUUCUUGUUGGUUUAUUGGGGUUUACAGAAUCACAAACUGCUGUUUGGAGCCAUUUGAGUUUAUAGUUGAAAUUGGAUAGUUUUUGAGUUGUGACGACACCGGUUAACGCUCAAAGAUGUAGUGAAAAUCUCGUCUAGACACUCGGGAAUCAAACGAGAAGGCGGUCAAUUUGCGAGAAAGCGAAAAGUUUUAGGAUCACAUGUGAUACAAACAUGUUAUAUUGACCGACCAUAAAGCGGGUGACCUUUUGUCAUGUGCAAGAAAAGCAUAUAAAGAGGGUGAAACUUUC